AUGUCGUCGGACCCUAAGAUUCAGGAGCUUCUUGGCAAGCCGCGAAACGAGCUCACCGAGUACGAGAUCGCUCAACUCGAAGAGUACGAGUUUUCCGCCGGUCCUCUAUCCAUCCUCCAGACUGCCGUGCGAUCACACGUUCAGGUCCUCAUCUCCAUCCGCAACAACCGCAAACUCCUCGCGCGCGUCAAGGCCUUCGACCGCCACUGCAACAUGGUCCUCGAGAACGUCAAGGAGAUGUGGACAGAGACUCCCCGGCUAGCGGGCGGCAAGAAGGGCAGACCAGUCAACAAGGAUCGGUUCAUCAGCAAGAUGUACGUCUACCCCAUACCCGUCACCGAUUAG